UGCUGGGGGUCUAGGGCCCUUCAGGACCCACCCGAACCUAGCCGCGGUGUCGGAUAAUGGAGGAUAAAUAGGAGCGGAGGCGCUUCGCGCAGAACUAUAUCCCUCCGCCGACCGACUCGGAGCCGCACUGCGCAUGCGCGCGCUGAGGCCUUUGCCCGUUUCGGUUAUUUUGAGGGGUCACGUGGCUUGCGGAGGGGGUGGGGGUCACGUGACUAAACAUGCGUUGCGUGUGAACAUUCCUCUACACACGCGCUUGGAUUCAAUUGUUACAAUUUUUUUCCUCCGGAUUCCAGUAUUCAAAACGCUCUGAGAACCAAGAAUAUGAAUGCCUGCAGUUGUGGUGGCACGACAGCGGAGCCGCUCCGCCGAGGCCGCCGCUGUGCUGACGGUGCUGCAGCGGGGAAGUCACCCGGCUCACGUCACAGCGCUCUCCCCACCACCCCCCACAUUAACACACACGGACUGGCGGGGCAGGUGGGGAGCGAGGCGGCGCAGGUCAACGGCCCUACCCAUAAUGCACCGCGAGUUUAACGGCCCCACCCAUAAUGCACCGCGAGUUCAACGGCCCCACCCAUAAUGCACCGCCAGUUUAACGGCCCUACCCAUAAUGCACCGCGAGUUUAACGGGCCCACCCAUAAUGCACCGCAAGUUUAACGGCCCUACCCAUAAUGCACCGCGAGUUUAACGGGCCCCACCAUAAUGCACCGCGAGUUUGACGGCCCCACCCAUAAUGCACCGCGAGUUUAACGGUCCCACCCCCCAUAAUGCACCGCCAGUUUAACGGCCCUACCCAUAAUGCACCACGAGUUUAACGGGCCCACCCAUAAUGCACCGCAAGUUUAACGGCCCUACCCAUAAUGCACCGCGAGUUUAACGGGCCCCACCAUAAUGCACCGCAAGUUUAACGGCCCUACCCAUAAUGCACCGCGAGUUUAACGGCCCUACCCAUAAUGCACCGCGAGUUUAACGGCCCUACCCAUAAUGCACCGCGAGUUUAACGGCCCUACCCAUAAUGCACCGCGAGUUUAACGGCCCUACCCAUAAUGCACCGCAGUAGUAAUGGUUGGACAGACGCGCAGGCGUUAGAGCAACUCACAAUACACUUAGAUGGACGGGCGGCUGACUUCGCAGAAGCUCUACCCGCGAGCACACAAACCCAGCUAGCAGAAUUGAUACACCAACUUGACCUGCGUUUCGGCACGAGUAAUGACGAGGCAAAGGCGGCCUUAGAGGCACGCCGGCGCCAACCCGGCGAGGACUUGCGUGACUACGCCGAGGAUGUGCGCGAGCUAACAAAGAUCGCACGCCCGGGGUACACCACUGAGGUGAUUGAGGAGCUUGCCGCCGAGAAGAUCCAGCGGUACUUGGCUCGCACCUCGUGGUGGCAUCCCGAUAUGAGCUGUACACGUCUCCCCUUUAACGCCCUGGUCGAGCGUGUGCGUAAAUGUGAAAGAAUUGCUAGUGAGCGCGCGCAGCUCCGAGGGCUGGGACGAGAGCGCGCCAUCGCGAGCUUGCUUCCAGAGGAGAAGGGGGAGGAUGAAGAGGAGCGCGCCAACACAGCAAGGGGUCGGGCAAGGGAACCUCCAGGGCCCCGGGAGACAACCCCGGGCUGGGUAGCGGGGAUACAUCGGGGGGAUCGACAACAAGGUAACCCAAGUAGGUGAAAGAAUAACCCAAGUGGACAACAAGGUAACCCAAGUAGGGCACAUAUGACUGCGCUGCAGACUAUGGUAGAGACGGUCCAGGCCGAGGUAGGAGGGCUAACUGGGAGAGUGGCCUGACUAGAGGCAGAGUCUGGGCAGCGGCAUGCUAGGGGGGGAAUAGGGAACAGGCGGGGGGGCUCCUACGGGGCCGCCCCGCGGGCGUGUUACCUGUGCAACCGCCGAGGGCACCUCGUGAGAGACUAUCCGCAGAUCGCCCGCGCUAUACAGGCGCCAGGAUUAAACGCCAAGGCUUCCCCAGAGAGGGGACCACCGAGGGGGACAGUCGACAUGGUCCCAACACAAAUAAACUGUAGUAAUAACGGGGAGCGAGUGACCUCCAUACAGAUUCCGACCAAAACACCCAAGAACACGGUGAGGACGGGCGACUGGCUACGGGAGCUGGUGGCGGGAAUCACGGGGGCCACGUCGCUGGUAGAAGGACAGGUGAACGGGCAGCGCACCCGGAUUCUACUGGACACGGGGGCGGUGGCCUCACUCGUAAGCACCACGCACUGCAGCAGGUUUGGGGUGGACGUGGGCCGCCUACAGGCCCCGGAUCGCGCGCUGCACACAGCGAGUGGAGCCGGGAUGGGGUUGCUGGGAAGAGUCUCCCUCGAGGUCCGUCUCGGGCACCAGGCGUGCACCCAGGAAUUCUACGUCUCGAGUGUGUUGUGCCAUGAGUGUAUUGCAGGUACGGACCUCCUGGAGAAACUGGGGCUCAACGUGCAGCCCCGCCAGCGAUGCGCCACGGUGGAAAGCAGCGGAGAGCGGAUUCCGUUCCUAGGACAAGAGCCGAAUCGCCCUCGCUUCACACCCGUGGCCGCUACUCUGGUGUCGGCCGUCACCAUCAGCCCGCUCGCCGAGAUGCUGGUGCCCGUGGCAACACCCUCCACCGACCCCGCACACAGACCAUCGGGCGAGGUAAUGCUUACUCCUCACCCGGAGUUGGCGACGCGGUACGGGGUGGUGGGAUCCGCCACACUGGUAAACGCAGAUGAGGACCGACUGUUUAUGCGGGUGUUUAACCCACACAGUACCCCGGCAAUGCUACGACGACGCACCACGGUAGCUACCAUACACCCCCUGCACGCGCGCCACUCUAACGACUCGGUGUUUGCACUCUGGGCGGAGGACCCUGGUCGCCCCGAGGACAACCAGGACCUGGCCUGGUGAGUCGGCCCGACUCCCCGAGCCGAGGUCGUCCCCUUGCGUGAUGUGUUCCAUGUGCCUUGGGCAGAUUUACCUUAGGGGGAGGCCGAUCAGCUGCGCGGGUUAUUUCAGGAGUACGCCGACGUGUUCAGUGAAUGGAAACAUUCCUAUGUCCGUCCACUUCACAAAGGG